AUGACUUCACCCACACGAAACGUGUAUCAUCGGCGAGAAACAUCUAUAAAGCGUCCCAAGGCAAUACUAAGUCUGAAUACAAAACUCUCGGAAAUCCUUUCCAAGACUCCGGGGUUUUCUGCAUUUGAUGAGCUCAUAAGUAUACCUACUACUACAACAAAGCUUCACCAACAUGAUAUAUUCAAGAUCAACAAGAUCAUAGACGACAUCCACUGCUAUCUCACGGAACUUUUAGCCGAUUUUUCAGAUGUGGAAGAGGCGACUAUCUCAAAUGUUUCGGAUCUAGAGUGGUACUUUGAAGGAAGAGAAAAUGUUCAUGAGUUGACUAGAAACAUGGAAAGCAUCGAUGCUAUCAUAUCGCAAUUGCUAGUCAUAAUUGAGUCUGACACCAGCAGUGAAAUUCUGACGUCCUUGCUUUCUAAAUUUGAAGUCUCUUCUGAUCUCCUACUAGAUGCAAAAAAGUUCAUUAUCACCUUGAAGAAGAACGUUGAUAUUUCUGUCAACUAUAAGGAAAUCAAGGAGUCUAUCAUCAAAUCGCUCAUGAACGAAAUUGAGGAUUGUAUCAAAGUCUUUUUAAGAUUACAGAAGUUGAAAUUGUCUUCGCCACGAAGAGAACUUCCCAAUUUCGAAUUGCUGAAGAUUACUUCUAAGAUGAGAAUUAGCGAUCUUUCAGUUACUAAUAAUUUAUCCAUGAAGUCUAUGAGACUUCCGACAUUUAAUGAAUUUGACGAUGCACUAUAUAACGAAUAUCUUGAUCUAGAAUCACGAAUAACACCUCUACAGGUUUCGCUAGAUAUUCUCCCUAUGAAGAUUGAAGAAUUUGACCGAAUGUGUUCUGGUUCGCUCUUCCCUUCGUCUAGAUCUGAUAUAUUUGACAACUUCGAAAAGUUAAUGGGGAGAUGGAACUACCUCCUUAAUGAAAAGCAGCUGCUUAAAAAGGAGUGUUUAGAUAGCAAAUGGGACGAAAUCUUCAGGUAUCUCAUCAGAGAGAUUACAGCACAAUGCCAAACAAUAAUAGACAAGUUGUCUUCGUCUUCUCCUCAAGAUAGAAGCAAAGUGACAGAUGAAGUGGGUUCAACUUACAAACUAUGUUCCAAUUCUAUUAUCCUCAUUCAUAAAGCGUUUCAAGAGUCAAUAAUAUCAGACUCGUCUUUAGUAGCCUUGUUUAACGAGACCAUACUUUUCAAAUGGGAUGAUGUUAAUAAGCUCUUAACCAAUCCGUCUUUCAGAGCCAAACGCCCAGAUAGCUCCAAUCCGUUCAUGAUCAAGAAUUCAACAGUUGACAAAAACGGAUUGAAGUUGUUCCAAACUCGUGUUCGAAGUCUAUCCCCAGAAGCUCCAUUAAGCAAUGGUUUGGGUAUUGAUCUAGGAAUAGAUGUGGAAUCCACUAAAGUUCCGUUCAGUAUUCGAAAAGAAGAUAAAAUAGUUGAUAUUUUCACUUCGAGUCGUCCACAAACUCUGAGCAAAGAUCUAGACUUUGCGUCUCUAACGAUAGCCGACACUACGGUAGGAGAGGAACCAGAGCUGUCUACUCCAGUCAGAAGUACUUCUGGAUUUUCAACUGCUGAUGCUAAAGAGGAGGAUAACAUUGAAAACAAUAUGAAUAAUGAUGAUGUCGUAGGACAACACUUUGAUGUUGUUGCAUAUUUCAAGAAGAUUUUGUCAAAAGACAACCUUAAGCCUUCCAGACUUCCAGUUAUGGUAGCCAAUUAUUCGCAAUUAAAAUUGCCAACUUUGAAGAAGAAGUUCGAAGAUGUAAAACCUCCUACUAAAAUUCCGGGAAUAUGUGCAUCUCAUCCUGUGUUUCAUUCGCCUGAUCACAGAGCAGUGAAAACACCUAUAAAGAUGCAUUCUGGUACUUUGCGAGCCUUGUGUUCUCCUAUACGAACCUAUCCUGGAGGGCGAUCUGAAGAUGUGGACGAUAUCUUCAACAUUGGCAAAUAUGUUAGUCAUUCUAGAACUUCUUCCAAUGGUUCCUUAAGUGGAUCUUCUCUAAAGAAUGGCAGGAUACCAAAUCUAGCCUACGCUAGCCCAGUGCUCAACAGCACAUCUCCUGAAAGGCCGCAUUCUUCUUUGGGGUCGAGAUACGAAGCUGCAAACUUGCUUCUGACUAAAGAACUCAGACCCAGUUGGAAAUGA